AUCCUUUUGGUGGAGACCCAUUCAAAGAGACUGAUCCGUUUAAGGCUUCAUCAGAAGAUUUCUUCAAGAAGACCACAAAGAUGGAUCCCUUCUCCACACCAGACCCCUUCAGUAAAAGUGCCACAUUACCUUCCAAGCAAACCAGUCACUUCACAAGCAAUGACCCAUUCUCUUCAAGCAACCCAAAACCCAAAGGUCCAGACCUGUUUGGCACGCUGGACCCAUUUGGCAGCAGUUCGUUCAGCAGCAACAGUUCCACUGGAUUUGCAGACUUCAGCCACAUGUCGAAGCCCAGAGACCCUUUUGAAGGCAGGGCCAGCUGGCUCCCAGACUACCAGAAGUCAGUGUUUGUGGAUGAUCCAUUUAUUAGGAAGAAUGACACGCCAGCCCUGCCACCGAAGAAAAGUGUUCCCCCAAGACCCAAACCACCCAGUGGUAAGAGUACACCAGUGAGCAUGUCUGGCACAGAUGACCCUUCCAAACCAUGUGACCCCUUCCAGCCAUUCAGCGGUGAUGCCAUCGACCCAUUUCAGAGUAAAAAGGGGCCAGGAGACCCCUUCAGCGGCAAAGACCCUUUCGCUCCAUCUUCAGCAUCAAGUAAACCUCUUAAAGAAUCUACAUCGGAUUUUGCAGACUUCAGUUCUGACCUGACAAAGUCAAGUUUGGGAAUGAGGCUCAGCAGUUGGAGUGGGCGAAGCGGGAGAGUGAGCGAGCAGAGCGCGAGCGGCUGAAGAGGCUCAGACAGCAGGAGCAGGAAGACUUGGAGCUGGCCAUCGCCCUCAGCAAGGCUGAGAUGUCCAACGCAUGACCAGCAGUCUGUGCGCGCACACACACACACACACACACACACACAGCAUAUAGACAGGCUAACAUGCAAACAAACAUGACUGACAUCUAAAUAUUCAGACAGAAAGCACAUUACUGAACUAACUCUCUCAAAAUCUGGUCCACACACACACAGGGGACCUGCCCCCCCCCCCCAAACUCCACCAUUAAAAAGUAGACAUCAAAACUGAAACUGAAGGUGGUGAAGUCAUCACUGCAGAACUCUAGAGAGGAUGAAGAAGGAGAAGAGGAGGCAAGAGGGGCUCGAUGGAAACAAACGGAUGCACUGUGUAUAUGCACUGUAGUAGCAGCACAGUAAUGUGAUGGAUCUGUUCACUGGACUGAGCCAACUUGCUGGCCAUUGCUGACAGAAAACCUUGACAGUUUGAAUUUAGCAUGUUUUUCCUCUGCAGUUUUACUCACCAUGUAGGGAAGUAGCAUAUAUUAGCAUGUUAAACAAACAGUUGCUGUCAGUAGUAACUAGCAGCAGUGAGUAAAAUAACACUACAGUUCAAACUGCCAAGGUAGUACUUAAAAGGGACUGUUGCUGAUGUAUAGGGGUGACAUGGAUAUAUGACUGAGCUGAUGGAGUAGACUGUGUCAGUUAGUAUUGUAGAGUGUUUUGCUGGUAAGAAGAUGCUACAGAAUGAGGUAUUACAUUUACAGAUAUAUUUUCAGUUAUUUGUUUAUAGAGGAAUAUAGAGAAGACUUUCGCUCCUCAGGAUGGAGAAUUUUCAAAUCAGUUUUCUCAUUAUUUUUUUUUUUCAGGAAAUACUGGCACUAACCCAGACUCAGAUAAGAAGUGAGAAGGUUGAUAUUAGUUGAGUUUUUUCACUUCUGCUGGAGGCUAACUAUUUCCCUCUGCUUUGGACAAAGAUAGGCAAAACUCUGUACUGGAUAUACAGAAAUGAAAAUGAUAUUGAACUUAUCAUCCGACUCUGGGUUAGUUAUUGCACUUCAGGUUUUACUAUGAGAUUAGAGACUUUCACCUGAAGUACUGACAUGGCUGGAUUAUCAAGCAGGCAAAGCAGGCAAGUGUCAAACUUUCAGGUUUGAGACCCAGAAGCGACUCCCCCCUCCACUGGCUCUUUCUGUGUGAAAAAGAAACCUUUUAACCAACAUUAGUCGGAUAUGUUCACGUUUCACUCCCAUGAAGUACCUGACAAAUAAAAAUCACGUUUUAAAUUUCAACAUAUCCUUUGGAUUUGUUACAGUAACAAAUUGCACAGAUUUAUUUUCUUUGUCCAUUAGUGUGAGGGUGUGCUGACGAGAGUUUGCUGUGAUGACCUGCAGUACUCUCUACCCCGCUGUCCAGUGUAUAGAGAUAAACAGUGCAAACUACGCCUCUUCUCGACAGCUGUGCUCUGAUCCCAAUGCUGUGAUGUCACACAUGCAACAAAUCAAAGGCAAGAUGAGGGAAUUCAUUUUUCUACAAGUGACUGUGUUUUCUUUUUAGAAACCAAGGCUAUUAACAGCUAUUACUUCAGCUGGUUAAUAUUUUGUUACUUUGGCAUGUUUUUGUUUUAAAAGAACAUCCAACUUGUAGUUUGUUUUGUGCUCUAAUUUUUAUUUGCUUUGGGACUGGCUGGCAGGUGUCAUUAGGCUGGAAUUUGAAAAUAAUGUGGUUUCUGAUGUGUCAUAGUUUCUGAUGUGCCAUGUUUCAUGAUCCAACAUGGACUUAACCACUCACCUUGUUUUUCUGAGUUGUCCCUUUUACUUGAAGUGGUGACUGAUGUUCGAGUGACGCUGAUGUCGACUCUAAACAGAACAGAUUCUGUCAAAAUUUCUGUUUCACUCAGAGCCCCUCUGUUGUAGUUUCAAAUAUCAUGUUGUGUUGGAUUUUACAUAUGCGAGUCUGUAUUCUGUGUGUCCAUGACCAAUCAUAUGCUUCAGUCAGUACCCAACAGUCUGCACAGAGCACAUGUGUUGUCAACGGUACUUUAAGGAAUGACAUAUUGAGUUUGUUGUUUGGCAGAAAGAAGACGAACACUUGGCUUAGUUAAAGCAAAAGGUGUUGACAUUGUUAGUGUUCCUUAUUGAGACCAUUUUUACCACUAGCAGUUCUUUGGUCUCAGAACCAUCAUACGAUGUAAUACAGUGCUGGAUGUCUUCUGACGGAACUCGGAACAUUUCAACCAAGAUUAUUGAAGGAAGAACUUAGAAAAUACUAACAUCCCUUAAUGACUUCUAAGGCAGGUAUAGAGGAACAAAAACAAGAUUGUAUUGGCUUCAAAGAAAGAAAAACUGGCUGUUGCACAUCUUUCAUUCAUUGUAUUCGGACUUAAACGUUGCUAACUGUAUUGCCCACUAUCAGGGGGGUGAAUAUUCUAACAUUCUUCCCAAAAUAAAUUUUACCAAAAUGUCUAGGUUCCAUCAGAUAUCCACCCUGGACUGAUAUGCAGUAUGAUUUGCCCUGGAUCAGGGCUAGGUGUCUGUAAAAUGCUAACAAGCUGUAUCUUGGGUGGAACUCUCAAACAAAAUACUUUUUAAUCCACUAAAACCUUAAGCCUAUUGUGAGCUAAGUGGUAAGUAGUAUGUAAACUUUGUGUUGGUGUUUGAUCACAGCAGCCUCUAAAAAAGGGCUUUGCACUGACUAGUAGGGCAGGAGGACGUGUUAUUAAUGUUACAUUUGCUUCUCCAGACACCACAUUGAACAAGAUGAUAGUGAUGAGGAGGUCCCCAUCAGGACUUAAAUAUCGAUAACGUUUAGAUUUUCCCCAGAUAUUAUACAUGUGUGUAACUGAGGGUAAAAAUGUUAAAAAUCCAUGUAAUGUGAAUUCACCAAAAUUGGACAGAAAUGCUUGAGUUAAAGUUGAUGUGCAGCCACUGAUUCUGCCAGGAAAUGUGAACUGCCUCUCCCUGCCAUUUUUUGUCUUGUUUACAUAUCAUGAAUAUUUACUUUGCUGUAGCUGUUACAAACAGCGUACUGUACCUGUUGGGGUGCAGUGUCCCUGGUACAUAGUGAGCUUUUCUAAACUGUACACGGACUGAACACCUGAACAGUUUCUAUCUACUUCUGAGCCAUAAAACAUGUUGACAUUUUGAAUAUUUGCUGUGCUGCUGUCACACUGUAGAGAGAAUGUUACUAGAUGAAGAACUUCAUCCCAUCAGUUUUAAUUCCUCAUUGAAACCAAAGGGUGCUAUUAGCUAUCAGCUUACAAGCUAGCUUGUUGUCAAAUCUUGACACUGUACUGAAGACGCAACAAUCAAAAAACCCCAAAAGGCUCAUUCUAUCCUGAAACAGCUGGGCACUAGUUUUUAGUGGUUUGUUAAUGCUAACAUUAACAUUACAUAACCUGCUGCUAACUGCCAACUGUUAAACUUUAGUUUAAUAUGGAAAGCCAUCGUUAACAAUGUCAUAUCCAGUUAACUAAAGUGCCGCCAACUUGGUCACAACAAUGUGACAAGAAGCUUGCACAGCAAAAAGAAGCUACUAAUAUUCAAAGUGUCCACUUCAGUUUGGUCUCAGUGUGUUUGUGGUGUUUAAACCACAGCCAGAUGGCUCAGCUGCAGUUAGAAAGAAAACCACUUUAUGAGACGUGGACAGAAAUCUAUCAUUUAGAAUAGAUCUGAGUGUCACAGGAUGCUAUGGUACCUUCUGCACUUGGAGGGGGUUUAGGCAACUUGUGAUAUUUUCACACAGUAUAAAUAGCAACGUCCAGGAAGCAGAGGGCUUCAUAGAAAAAGCCCAAUGCUGCCUGUAGUACCUCCCAGAAGCAGAAAGUACUUGAAUAUUAGAAAACUUGAGGUGGACUCUUUUCUGGAGCUUUCAACCACACACAUUUCACAGUUGAAAGCUCAGGAAAAAGCUAUUUAUAAAAACUUUUUUCUAAAGUCAAGAAGGAACUUAACAUUCAAAUAGAAAAGCUGUGUCCACGUUAACACACUCGGAGCUAGGGCUGGGUAUCAUUUGGAACUUUCUGACUCUAGCGGGGAUAUGAUACCUGAGUUCCAGUACAUACACCAAACAACACUUUAUCUUUUGUUUUAAAAAUAAGCCUAUGUUUUAAAUUUUUUAAUGUAAAUUAGUCUAAAAUUAGGCAAAUAACAUCAGAAACUGUUUAAUCCAGGUGUAAGUUAAAAUAUUAUAAAUCUGACCCAGUAUUUAUUUGAUGCCAUCUUAUUGUACUUUUUGACACUCUCUGCUACAGACACAUUUCAGUCGGUACCAGAAAAUGUUGAUACUUGAUACCCACCCUGGUGUGAACUGUGACCCUCCAUCUGUUCUUCAUGUGUUCCUGUCCACCUCCCUCCCCCAGUCCAUCUGCAGUGUACUGCUUAGAGUGGUGCGUUCCACACCGGUACCAUCAUUCAUACUGUAUUUGUAACCUGAUACCUCCAUUGUGCAAUAGAUAAUGUUUAUUUUUAUUGUUGUUUUGUGUAUCAUGUGAAACCAGUGUGAUGUUUUUGAUAUGUAGCAUAUGUUUUUAAUAUGAUUAUUUAUGCACCCGCAACCAACCACGCCUCUGUCCCGACUUUGUCGAGGAAGUUCAUGCUUUGAUUUAAUGCCACUAGCAGCAGAAUCGACCAACCAGUCACUCAAAAUGCUUUUGUUAUUUUGGGGAAUUUCUCAAUAGUUUGUAAUUAUCAGCAAAGCUUGCAGUUAAAUAAACAAAAAAUCUGUGUGGGAUGACAGCUGAAAAAUAUCAAGAUUUACCAUUUAAUAAAUCCAUUGUUUUAGUAUUCAUGUUAUUUCUCUCAAAUUUGAUUUACGUACAAAGCCUUUUGAAUGCUUGGAUAAUUGUUCAGCCUUCAACUGCCCGUCCUCCCAUGUAGGCAAAAUAAUCUGAACUGUCUUUAUUAAAAUGCAUACAAUGUGUAUACAGUCUGUAUAGUAUCAUAUUAUGGUCUAUUUGUCUUACAGAAGAGAAGAGAAAGAAGAAAAAGUAAACUUGAUAAAGAACCAUUUGGAAGAAUAAUAGCUGAGGAGGGAACAGAUGCUGGUUUAUUUUGAACAGUGUUUCUCUCGACAUGGUCUGUACUGUUUACUAGAAUAAACAUUUCAGUUAAAUGAGAA